AUGGAAAAUAUAAGUAAAUUCUCCUUUAUUAAAACUUUUUCAUUUUCCUUUUUAAUAUGGAUGUUCCAAUAUUCCUAUGAGGCUAAUUAUAGAAUAUCAAACAACAUAAAAAUUAACCAAAAUAAUUCAUCAGAUAAAAAGUUAAGCAGAUUAUUAUAUGAAAAAAUAUAUAAAGAUUUUGAACAUUCAGACUUGAAUUUAAAUGAUAAGUUUCAGAAAAACCAUAAAAACUUACUUGAUUCAUUAAACCCUAGCAGUAAUUUUGAUAGUUCCAAUGAUUCAUUAAACUCUAGCCAUAUUUUUGAUGGUUCAAAUUAUUCAUUAAACUCUGAUGAUUAUAUUGAAACAGUAAACGGACAAUUUAAAGGAAAACCCUUUCCAAUGAAAAAAUAUAAGCCAGAAAGGAAAGAUGAUUCACAUGGGAUACUUAGUUGUUUGAAGAAACUAGAUUCGCAAUAUGAAAGAGAAGUGAGAAAACUUUUGGGUGUUGAAGGUACAAAGAUAAAUGAAUUUACAGGUAAGCCUUUAGAAAGUGUGAAAAAAGUAGCGUUUAAGGUUUUUGCUCCAAUUGUAUUAUCCAUUUUUAUAGCGUUUUCGAUUAUGUUUAAAUCUUUAUCAAACUCGACAGGUCUCCUGAUAUCUUUGGCAUUAUUGAUAUUGUCAUCCAUUUAUUUUAUUAUUAAAUUAGAUAAAAAUAAAUAA